AUGGAUCUCUGCGGCCCCAUGAGAAUUAUGCAUUCUCAUCCAGAAGGACCAGAACGACUCGAUUCCAAAUUUGGUACCACUGCAGACUUGGCGACGAGGUGCAACUUGCAGGAUCCCAGAACACUUGUAUUGGCCACGCGACGAGGUGGAAGUCUGGAAGAUGAACAUGCAGAGUCUUGGACCAUUGCUCACGGUGCUAAAAGAGACCUGUCAGCACGACGCCACGACCAUCUGAGGCACAUACUGCCACAUAGCGACUACAUAGAUCAGCCGAGACGUCCCUGUAUCGGAUGGUAUUGCGGACAUUUGAAAAUCUGCUAUUUGGAUCAAGGCACGAACGGUCAUUCCAGAGCGAUAGCCAACGCGUCGCAGACGAGUCGACGCAGCUCGCAGAUUCUACGCAGAUCUUCGGACUCUCACCUAUAG